CCUCGAUCUUCGUAAGCAGCCUGAACUUUUCGGGCGUAAAUCACUACUCACUACCUGUAGUUUCUGUCCUAGGACUGAAGACUCCUAGUACCCAAUUAAUGAACAACGAUUUCUUUGGCCCUAGCAGGCAACGUCACAUCAAUCUUGGAGGUGCUUCGUCGACAACAUCGCACGCCUCCAUCAUUGAUAAUGUCAAGGCUAAACGGAAUGAACGACUCGACGCCACUAGAAGGGUCCAGAGCGCCAUCCGGAUCCAGUCAUGGUAUCGUGGCCGAUCACAAAGUAAAAAGGCCCGCGAGAAAUUCCGAGAACAGUUUGACCAAGGCAGUGGGGGUGUUCAGUGGACCAGAUACUUGGUGGUGGCAUGGUCCGGCAGCCCCAGCGACCGAGAUAGACUGCACCGUUGGUCACAAAUCAUGAACACCGGAGGCAGACCAGCUAUUCUCUCCGUUUAUGGGGCUUGACAAAGAUAACUGGCUAGUCCUCAUUCGGCGAUUGGCGCUCCUUCUCAUGCAAUCUGCAGCUAAGGAUCCUGUUUUCCCAAGAAGUUUAGAUU